AUCGAAGAGACUGUGGGUCUCUCGCUUCUCCCAAGUGAAGUUUUGUUGAUGUUUCGUCUGCCUUUUAUGGAAUUCGCGUUUCAAAAUGGUUCAAAGUUGCUUAAUUUGUCACGAUUAUCUUGAUGAACAAAACUAAUGCACAUUUAUCGCUAGAAAUGUUAUCUUGAGUUAUUUUGUAUUUGGAAAUACAAACUUUUUUAACCAAAAUGUUUGAAAAUCAAUGGUAAAUUUGCAAAAUGUAUGUACAUUUCCCUCUUCGCUCUCAUACACAAAAUCCCUACAAUAGCUCUAUAUAUAGUUAUAUAUCUGUCGAUCUAUCGAGAUAAGGAUAUAAAUAUAAGAUACUUGUUCAAAAUUAUCGAUUUGAAUUGUUAAAUCCCAUAUUAAUAAAGUAUAGUUAAUAUUAUAAGUGUGGUGUAUUUAGUAAAUUAUCAAUAUAAUAAAAUGGGUUCUAGAGGAAAUGCCAGCGGAAUCAUACCUGAACACUCCUGUUGAACCACUCAGUGGUAGAAAGGUCGUGCCAGCACUUGUCUGCUCAGAAAUUUCCUAGUACAUUUUGGAAUGAUUACCAACCUGUCAGCAGAUUCAAUUCAAUUUAAACCACACAAGAGACAGCAUGUCAUCAUGGGGACAGAGGAAAUGGUCCUUCCUCCUGGUUCUUACUUUAAUGCUUUUCUCGAUCGUAAUGGUGAUGAUCAGUCUCCUGCAGCCGGAGCGGGCGAUCAGUCUCCUGCAGCCGGAGCGGGCGAUCCGGCUGAAGCGUGAGGCCUGCGGCUGCAGCGUGCGCUCCGACUCUGAGACCUUCACCCGCGUCCCCGGCUCCAGGACCCUGCUCAUCAACGCGUUCCGCGAGCACCGCACGCCCGCGGCGAGCAUCCGCCUGCUGGCCAUCGUGCCCGGCGAGGAGCGCUCCCUGCGGAGCCGCUGCGUGUUCUGUUGCCAAGGGGACAGCGAGAUGGCAACGGCCACGGCCCAGCGCACCACCCACCGAUCCAACUACUUCUUCCCAUACGGGACGGGAGACUUCCUGUGCCUGAUCCCCCCCGGCUGCGAGCCCAGGUUCGUUGGGCUGUUGUCCGGAGACAGCGUGGACUUCACCAACUUCACCCUGCUGCCCGUCCUGAACCGGGCCUCCGUGGAGCGGCCCCGGCUCCCGCUCGGCUUCACUCUGUGCAUCGCCAACAUGUUCAACAGCUACGACAACGUGCUGCAGUUUGUCCAGGCGAUGGAGCUCUACCGACUGCUAGGGAUCCAAAGAGUCAUCGUCUACAAGACCAGCUGCUCCGCUACCAUGGAUACGGUGCUUGAUUACUACUCCCGCAAGACGGGCUUCCUGCAGGUGCGGCCCUGGCCAAUCGACGCCUUCCUGAAGCCUUCCUCCAGCUGGACGCCGUCGCUGGGGCCGGGUCAGAUCCACUACUACGGCCAGAUCCCCUCCAGCAACGACUGUCUGUACAGGAGCAUGUACCAGUCCCGCUACGUCCUCAUGCACGACGCCGACGAGGUCAUACUGCCCGCAGGCAAUGUGUCUUUCCAAACGCUGAUCAGUGACCUGGAAAAAGCCCACGGAGAGAAGGUCAACUUUUACUUCCCCAACAACGUUUUCCCUUACGAAGAAAAGGAGGAGAACAGCAGGUUUGACUUUCCAGAGUGGAGGAACGUUCCUGGCUCCAACUUCCUGGGUCAUGUUCUGAGGGAGCUAGACACGUCGGGCUACAACACGGGGAAGCUUGUGCUGGACCCCCGCGGCGUCCUACAGAUGGAGGUUCACAGCGUCAACGAACACAUCGACGGAGGACGUACCGAGCGGGUCGGCCGAGAGCGCGGCCAGCUGUACCACGUCCGGCGCAGGAAGAACAACCAGCAGGGGGCGCUGGUCCGGGACGAGGGGCUGCUGAAGGUGGCCGGGGCCCUGGUGGAGCGGGUCAACCACGCCCUGAGCUCCAUGGGUCUCCUCAACACCACCGCUGGCCCCGCUCCAACCUCAGCCCAUCCUAGUCCUGCCAUGGCAGGACUACGUUGACGUUAGCUACACGUUAGCUAAUACAACGUUAACGUUAGCUAACGCCAAUUUUAGAAAUGAGCAUGACUUUGUUACCAUCAGCAGAAGAAGGAUUACGACAAAGUAUUGCAAAGAAGUUUUUAAUUCACUGAUUUAUUUUAUGAAAAUGAGUAUCUCUUGAGACGCUUUGCCAUCAGGCCCGGAACCUCCGCCAGACAACCGCCCUUUGACCUCGGUGCUCAACCCACACACUUACCUGGUAUGACAACAAGACAGGAAGUAAUUAAGACAGCAAAAAAGAUUAUCAAUCAGAUUAUUUUCAAUGCAAAUUCCGGCCUCUUCCAGGACAUUUGAUCAAUUUAUCCAUUUUUUCCAUGUUUUGAUAGCAAGCUUUUAAAAUCCAGGUUUUCCAGGACGCGUUGGAAUCCUGCGGGGGUCGCGGUGUUUGAAUGUGUGAAUGAAUGUU